AUGCAGAAAUAUGACCGGACGACCAAUAUUUCAAGUAGGGUUUCCACACAAUCCGAAGCAAAAUCCUUGAUACCAAACGCCACUCGGGAUGCAAAAGACAAAAUGAAAACGACGAUUGAUAGGACUAAAUCAUCAUCAAUUGAGCCGGGAAAGCAUAUUGAGGCAAAAGUCGACGGUAUGAAAUUUUCGGGUAGCUCAAGAAAGAAGCCCCGAGCUCAAGUCACUUGGAGGGUGCCUCACGAGAAGAGAGGCGAAAAAGAGCCCGGGUUUAACUUGGACUAUUUGCCCCCGAAAACACAUCCCGGGAUCCAUAAUUGA